UCAACUUUUAAAAAUAAUGAUACCAAACGCAUUCCAAUAGAAAAUGAAGAUGUUUACACCUUACCUUGCGGUAGUUUCGUAUACAUAGAAGGACGUUUACUGAAAAAGGAUGGAACUGUACCAACUAAUACUUCUUUUAUCAAUAACGGAAUUCUAUACCUAUUUGAUGAAAUUCGAUAUGAAUUGGGAGGAAAAGUUAUUGAUCGAGUCCGAAAUCCUGGUAUGACUACAACAAUGAAAGGCUAUGCGUCUUACAAUGAAAAUGAAAGUAAACGUCUCAUUAAUAGUGGAUGGUUGCCUCCUGCUUUAGGUGCUGUAAAAGGAGUUGCCCUUCAUACCAGAAAUCUGAUUGAUACAAACGGUUACUUCAACGUUUGUAUUCCUCUUCGUAUGAUUUUAGGGUUUGGAGAAGACUUUCGAAAAAUAAUACUCAACAUACGACAAGAAUUAGUUCUAGUUCGCAGCAGUACUGACAAUAAUGCCCUCUUUUGCUCAGCAACACCGGCUGAAGAAGUUGAUGUCCAUUUGGAUCAGAUAUGUUGGAAAAUUCCUCAUGUAUCUGUUGCUGACGCUGAACGUUUGAAAUUAUUACGUUACGUUGAUCGCAAUUUAAAUAUGGAACUUUCUUUUCGUAGUUGGGAACUACAUGAAUAUCCCUUACUUAACCAAUCAUAUUCUCACAACUGGACUGUGAAAACUACAUCACAGUUGGAAAAACCUCGCUUCAUUAUUUUCGGUUUUCAAACCGAUAAAGAUUUUGAUCUUUCCAGAUUUGCUGUUUUGUACGAAAUGUAUGUUAAUUUUCAACAAUCGUAUUAUGGUAAUGUAAGUGAACCCUUAUUCGAUCCUAAGGAAUUUCGAACAAUUGCUCCUCUUGUAAUAGUAGACUGCUCUUAUCAAAAUGAAAUUGUGAAAUCUGGAAGUAUCGAUAUUCGUUUAGAAAUUCAAACUAAACGCAAUAUACCAGAUAAAACAGCAGCUUACUGUUUAAUCAUUCAUGAUCGUGUGAUACGUUACAAUCCCUCUACAAACUUGGUUCAAGAAGUAUAAAACCCAAUGACUACAUCCAUACUUCACUUUCUUUACCGGUACUGAACAGUGAGCACGAUGACUUUCAUACUAGAUGUACAAGGUUUUCAAUGUUGUGAGAAUCGAUUUGUUUUCAAGGAAGUAGCUAUUGUUGCGCUAAAAGAAGAACCAAUUUAUCAUUUCACAUUUCAGCCACCAUUUCCCUGGGACGCCCUCCCAGUUCGUUACAGAAGUCAAAAUCGUUGGUUAACCAGAAAUUUUCAUGGGUUAUAUUGGGAUGACGGUGAUGUUCCAUACUCUACGAUUUAUGAUAGUAUUCAUCCUAUAUUGAUGGAGUCAACAAUUGUAUAUGUUAAGGGAUUACAAAAGAAAAUGUGGUUAUUGGAAUACUUUCCUAAUGUUAACUUUGUUAACAUUGAAGACAUCGAAUGUCCAUCUCUCUUAAGUCUAGCAGCUGAUUUUAAAGUAAACGUGUGUUCUUAUCAUUUAUUUAAAACAGCUAUAGAACCAACU